AUGGAACAGGAAAAUGUGGGUUUGGGAAGGGUCGUCUCUUAUGUGGUGACAAAUGCUGCCCUAUAUUGUUCCACCACGUGUGCUAAGUCUUCAAUGGAUGCCACGUGGUUGGUUCUGAUGGGUCUUCUACACUCAAGUCAAAAGAAUUGGCGAUCAAUGCUGACUCAAUUGGGAGGAGGAACGCGAUCAUUUGCCACCCCCACCACUCCAAAAUUGAAGCCCAUGUCCCCAACAGUAGAUGCUGCUCACCAUGCUUCCACCUCAAGCAUGAGCACUCUGAAGGCUGAGUUUGCACCGGUGUAUAUUGUGUGUGGAAUGGUGGUUGUGGCUUUGACAAUUGGAUCACACACUGCUUAUCAACAACUGGCACGGUCUCCAUCUGUUCAUGUCAACAAGAAAAGAAGAGAAUCCAUGCCAGAGGUGUAUGAUCCCGAUCGCACCAUCAAAUCCGCCACCAAAUUCAUUGAUGGUUCCUUCUUAAGGAAAAUGUCUUAUAUUCAAGAAAACAAGGCCACACUCAACGACCCUGUUCACCCCAAUCCUUUCACUCAUCCUAGAACCGCUGAGACAUUGAAGUCGGUGGGAAUUGAAAGCCGCAGGCGUUGA